CCCUGUAGCCGUCGACCCGGCGCGGCACAGCGCAGCUCGGGUAACCAUUCACCUCCUUGCGAUGGAGCCGCUAGGCUACGGAUUUCUGUUACUGUUCCUUCAUAUCCUGAAAGCUGUUAUUGCACUGGAGGAGAAGAUGAUCAUCAGUAAACUUGGAGACAAUGCUACGCUGAGUUGCAUUUAUCAAGAAAGAGAUUUGCACUUAAAAAAUCUACGAGUGUACUGGCAAAUAGUUGAUGAUCAAGAAGAGUGUUCAGUUGUACAUACAUUGAUCUCUGGACAAGACAAUGAAAGUGAACAGUGUAUUCACUUUAAAAACAGGACUCGAUUAUUCCAGGAUAGAUUGGGAAAUGGUGAUUUUUCUCUGCUACUGCUAAAUGUCAGCCAGAGUGAUGAACGUAGGUACAAAUGUGUAGUACUGCAGAAAACUGAAUAUACCAGAGUGAUUUACCAGGCAGAAGUGAUUCUCAGCUUAGCAGCUAGUUAUAGUCAACCAAUACUCAGUGGACCAAUAAGAAACAGUGACAGCACUGGAGAAGAGGUGACUUUCAGCUGCAAGUCUGGCAACGGAUACCCAAAGCCCAAUGUUUAUUGGAUAAAUAAAACAGACAACAGCCACCUGCAUCCAUCAGAGCUAAAGAUCACCCCCCACACCGAUGGCACUUACAGCAUUUUUAGUACCUUGAAGGUUAAAGCUACUUCUAACAUGGAAAUAGAGUGCUCCAUAGAAAAUAAAAUACUGAGGGAAAAUCUGUCAGCCAACUACACAGAGCAGAAACAAAACAACGGUUCUAGUAUAGAAAGUCACAAAAACCUGGAAAAGAAUAGACGAGGUGCUCAAGCAGCUGGCAUCAUUUCCAUUGUCAUUCUGAUGGGUAUUAUAGCUGUUUUAAGCUGCUGGCUGUGGAGACAGAGAUCCUCUAAACUUAGAUCCUACACAGAUGUCCCACCAAAUGAAGACAGAGGAGGAAACAACUCACCUGUCUAAACGGGAAGUGUGCCAACAAUUUGGGCAGCUGGAGAUAUGUCAAGAGAAGCAUCACUCCCUGUCUCAAGUGGCAGCAUUGCUUGUAACACAAGUGACAGAGUUCUGGAGAGCGUGAGAAGAGAGAUGGCAAAAAAAAAAAUCUCCUCCAACACAAGAGACAGCAAAAUCCACUGCAUUUGUGUUCCAGCCGCUGACUGUGUUCACACAACAGUUGUGUCACCACACCAGCUAACCAUUUUGGAUGGUCCUCUGUGUUAGUCUGUCAGUCUUUUGAGCUUCUGCACUGGGGAAGGCAGUAAGCCUGAGACUUGGCUACUCUGUGCCAGACCACUGAAAGCUGGUGAGAACUCGAUCUCUCAUCAUCACCGUUGAGGAUGUAAUUUGUAGCAGAAGCAACUGCAUUUCAGGAGUGUGGAAAGCUCUGUCUGUCUCUCCUUACCCUGACAAUGACUACUGAAUGUGAAGAAAGGCAGCUAAGAAAAUACAAAGAACAUGGAAGGACUGUCUGCAUAGUUAGACUUCAGACCUUUUCCACUUUUCUCUCUCUACAGUACAUCCCUUCAUUGUCUGGUUUCACCAGCUGAAUGUUUUUCUGUACAGAACUAUGUAGAACACCUUGACCCAGUCUUUCAUAAAUGGGAGUUGCUCUCUGAAUGUGCUAGCUGAAUGUGUUAACAUAAGGGGAUGUGCACUCUUUAAAUGCACUUCUUGAUAUCAACGUUUUGCGUUUUACAGAAAAUUUGACCAAAAAGGGAACUUCACUUUUACAGGAGCCGAUGCAUACUAUGUGAAAGAGCAGGCUGUGGAAAUCUGACAAACUAAAACCAAUGCUCUCUGCUGGUUUACCUGGACUUACCGUUUUCAGGAUGGAACAAAAACUGUGGUCCAGCUCUGCUUGAUUCAGCUUUAAGCACUCCACUGUGGCUUCCAGAGAGGAUUUUAAACUGAAAUUUUUAAACUUCACCUUUCCUAAUAUCCCAUUCCUCCCUCAAAUUAAAAAGAAAAGGAUAAAAAAAAAAGAGGACAGACUGCAAGCUGUAUCACUCUGUGAUCCAUGAGUCUCCAGAAAGCCAAGAACUGCAGUUUCCCUGUGUCAGUACACACACGUCACCGUUUCAGCCUCAAGUCAAACAAGAUAAACUGGUUGAAAUUAGGAAAGCAGUACAUUUUGCUGAUGGUAUGAGGGUUCAAAGUAGGAAGAAUCUAUACUAGCUCUCUUGCCCAGGUGGGGCAGCUUCCCCAUCUAGUCUUGGCAAGGUGGAAAUUAUUUUAAACUAAGCCCUGGAAGCACUUGGCUUCUCCUACAUGAAUUGCUAGACUAAAAUUAUACUAUUUGCCUGAAUAACUUACAGCCUUGUUUAUCCUGGGUUGGGAAGGCACUCCAGUGUCAAAAAUGAGAUACGACAUGGAUUUUUCAUAUCAAUUUGAACUUUCACAUCCCAGCCAAGUAAAAAUAAGUUUUGUUGUUCUGUUCCUCAUCACAUGGAAUUCAGAAUCCUUUGGCAGUAGCACAGUCAUAGAAUCAUAGAAUGGUAGGGGUUGGAAGGGACCUUUAGAGAUCAUUUGGUCCAAUUCCCCUACAGAAGCAGGUCCACAGGAAUGCAUCCAGGUGCGUCUCGAAGACCUCCAAGGAAGGAGACUCCACAACCCAUCUGGGCAGCCUGUGCCAGGGCUCCAUCACCCUCAUAGUGAAAUAGUUUUUUCUUAUGUUUAAGUGGAACUUUUUGCGUUCCAGCUUCACCUCAUUACCCCUUGUCCUGUUACUAGUUUUUGCUGAAGCAGUACUUCCAAGAAGGCUCCGAGCUGGGUAACACCACUGUGCCAGCAUGCUGUGGGAGAGCUGCAUAGGCUCAGCCUCCAUGGUGCUGAAGAGAAGGACAGUUUAGCUCUCACUUGAUGCAAUCUAGACUUACUCAGCAGUUUGAACAGGAUGGGGAAACUGGGUAAAAAAAAAAAAUUUUUUUAGGCAGGUUGCAACUAAAUAAUUGUCUGUUGUCUGUUUAGAUUGUAAGUAACUACGUACAGUUAUGGUUUUAAAGACAUUUUAUCUAUUCAUGUCAAAAGUAGUAUAUUGAAUAUUUGCUAAUCUUAAAAAAUCUGUGAAAAAUACUCUGGUUUAUUUAUUAAUUUUAAUUUUGUCAUCUUUUGCCCUCCACUCCACAAGUCUAUCAGGUAGACCAUUUAGCUCACAGCAUUUGUCAGAUAAGAUUAUUCAGGUGCCGUAAGUGACUUUAAACGUCAGCUUUUUCUUGUCUUCUCUCGUGCCCAUUAAUCUAGAUGGUUUUUUUUUUGAGUCUAGAUCUAGCCUUCAGUGAACCCUAAAUGGAAUUUGCCUGAAGAAAGCAUGCAAGCUUGCAGACACCUUAAAAAUGUGAACAACAUCUGUGCAGAUGUGAAGGGUAACCAUUUCCUAGUGGUUCAGUAAGAAGUCCUGCAGAUGUUUCCUCACUAUUUAUCAGCUGAAGUUAUUUGGCACAGCCUCUUUGGCACUGCUGUAACUGACAGAAGCCUUUUCUAACAACAGUUUUCCACUUUUGUAUCCUGCAACUGCAAGAAGUUGUAAGAGUUUAGAGAUGUAACAGGUAACCUAGCAGUCACUUCACAAUAUGUUAAGCUAAUUCAGACUGCUUGGAUUUUCUUACUUCUGGGCCACUUCACAGUACAUAGUGAAAUACAUAUAAAUGCAACAGCCUGCCCUUGCAAAAUCCAUAGUUUCAACUGGUUUAGGUUUCCAGCUAUUUUUAGAGGCAAGUAAAUCCUAGAUGACAGUUUGGGUUUUACCAUUCAAAAGACUUGGAAAUGUUGUAGUAACAGAGCUUUUGUCAUCACAUACCAUGCUUAUAUGUUAAAUAAAAUCCGUUAAUUCUUCUGGUUGUUUGACCAAAAAAAAAAAAAAAAAGAAAAAAAUCUAUCAGCACUUAAAGACAAGUCACUUUGUCCAAACAAAGUGGCAGUUCUACUUUCAGCCACAUCCCUCAGGGCGUAUGACCACUCCUUUCCACAGCCCUCAAAUGAUGGGCGAUGACACAACACAGUCUUGACAGUGUUGCUGUGUUUUGGUUCCAACAACAAAAUACCCUAACCAAACUCAAGGAAAGUCAUGCUGUAGCCUGAAGGCAGCAUUAAGCCUAGGGUGAUACACCCUUUUCUCACCAAAUUUAGCCCCUGGCAGAGCAAAGGUACAACACAUCCUCCUGCUUCCAGAACAAAAACCAGCUUGUUGCACUGUCCUAGGUCAGCACUUGUUGCACUUCAUCACCACUAUCCCUGUUUCUCUUUGUUAAAGACAGCAGGUCACAUGAACUACCACAUAAACACAUGCACAGGAAAGCACCACUUGAUGAAGCUUUGUGGGAAAGUCUAAGAAACGGACUCACUUUCACGGACUUUCAUUGCGGCAUGGCUGGUAAACCACUGAUGGAAAGCCCUGAAUGUGUGUUGCUACUUACUGGUCUGAAUCCACCCGUUC